UAUAAUGACAUUGGUUUAGUUUUCAAAGGUAUAACAAUUCUUUGGCUAAGAUGGGCAACAACUACAACCACCAUCAAAUAAAUAAACUUCUCAAACUGACUGAAUCCAAUGCAAACAUCCUCGAAGAUCUGAUCAAUCGUGUAGAACGUAUGGAGGCGGAGUUGCAAAAGUUUCGACAAAAUCAAUAUGAAGGGUGUGAUUCUGAGUUUGAAAGGUUCUCUGCAUCACCACCACAAUACUACAAGCAACAACCACCGUCGUACCACCAACAACCUCCACCGCAACUAGAUCAACUAAAUGACGCAGGUGAGACUUCUUCAGAUGAAGAGUGUGAAUGGGGUUUUUGCCUUGUAACCAGACAAAAUCAACAUCUCUCAAAGAUUGGAAGAAGAGGCUUUCUCAUGGUGGGAACUAAUCCAAAAUCUAAACAUGCGAUUCAAUAAACAACCGAUUAAGGAGUGGACAGAGAUGAAGGAGAUGUUGAUGGCCCGAUUCCUAGAUAUAAAUUGUUUCGUAACAGAGGAAUACCAGUCGUCUCAUGCUGAAUCAUAAUUAAUUGUUUAUCAAACGUUUGUUUUGAUUGUUAUUUUCUUCUUUAGUGAAAAUUUGUUAUUUAUUGGUUUAGUUGCGAUUUUGAAUUUGAUCAGGAAAAACUUAUGACCAUAAAUGGAUGACGAUGAAAUAACAAAAAAGGACUACCACAAGUUCACAACAGAAUAAUAAAUUACAGGCAAUUAAUA